AUAGGAGAAAAGUUAAAAUAUACCGUUGAAAGCCGAAACAGAGGGAGAGAACGUAUAAAAUCAAGAAAGUGAAUAUUUGAUGAGAAUUAAAGAGUUUCGUUAAUUUUUUGGUGCUCGAAAGAUGAUAGCAUGGGUAAAGCAGCUGAACAAGGCAUUUGGGGCUUCAUUUUUAUGGCUUAUUUGCUUGAUUUACUUCACUCAGGGUUUUAGAUCCUUUGUAUGGACUGCAGUUUCCUAUCAGCUAAAAGACAAUCUUAAGCUGUCGCCAUCAGCCUCGCAAUUCGUGUCUUCAAUAGCAUUUUUCCCGUGGAGCAUAAAGCCAUUAUACGGAAUUGUGUCUGAUUGCAUCCCGAUAAAAGGAAGGAAAAGGAUACCAUACCUAGUUAUUGCAACUCUUCUCUCUCUAGUUCCCUGGCCUAUGCUUGGUAUAGAUUCCAACUUGAGGAGUUCCCAAUGGCAUCUCACAGUCCUCUUGACAGUUCAUAACCUGGGCUCUGCCAUGGCAGAUGUUGUGGUUGAUGCAAUGAUUGCUGAGGCAGUAAGAUCUGAGAGGGCAUCAUUUGCUGGAGAUCUGCAGUCCAUAACUUGGUUGUCAAUAGCUGUGGGUGGAAUUUGGGGCAGUUUGUUAGGAGGACAUGCAUUGACCAACUUACAAAUAGACAAGAUUUUCCUCCUUUUUUCUGUACUGCCAGCCAUACAGUUAUUAUCAUGUGGUUUGGUUGGGGAGAAUUCUGCAGACAGUAAAGUUUCUCAUGAGUCUGCCAAUUCAAGCAACUCCAAUCCAGGGAAUGGGAAUGGUAAUAUUUUGAACCAAGAUAAUAUCCCGCUGAAGAAGUCCAGUGCAAGUGCUACAAGAAGAAAGAGGAGCAAAAAGAAUAGCAACAAGAGGGCAAGUAUGAGAAUUAAAUCCCUGAUACCUGAGAAGGGCGGUUCCUUAAUCUCACAUUGGCUCCAGUCUCUGAGAACAGCUACUUACAGUUUGUUACGUGCUUUUAGGCAGCCAAUCAUUUUGAGACCAAUGGCUUGGUUUUUCCUAGCACAGAUUACUGUUCCAAACCUCUCAACAGUCAUGUUCUAUUACCGGACAGAGGUCUUGAACUUGGAUGCAUCCUUUUUGGGGACUGUACGUGUUGUUGGAUGGUUAGGCCUCAUGCUAGGAACCUUCACGUACAAUCGCUACUUAAAAACCAUGAAACUACGGAAGAUUCUCUUGUGGGCUCAUGUUGGGCUGUCAUUGUUGACCCUUCUAGAUGUAAUUUUAGUGUCUCGAUUGAAUCUUGCCUAUGGAGUUUCAGAUAAGAUCAUGGUUGUCUCAGGAUCUGCCCUUGCCGAUGCUGUUAAUCAAUUCAAGUUAAUGCCAUUCCUUAUAUUAUCUGGACAGUUAUGUCCACCAGGAAUUGAAGGAACACUAUUUGCCCUCUUUAUGUCAAUAAACAACUUAGGUUCCACACUGGGAUCUUUUGUGGGUGCAGGGUUGGCCUCAAUUUUGAACCUCUCCUCUGGAUCUUUUGACAACCUUGGUUUGGGCAUUGCUAUCCAAGUCCUGUGCACUUUCAUUCCAAUUGCUUUUCUAUUUUUGAUACCAAAAGAAGCCACAGGGAUAUCAGCAUAGGUAGGGAUGAUUCAUUUUCCCGGUACAAGAAGUUAUUCACUUGGUAACGGCAAAAUGAGCAGAAACAUUGCUACUGAAUUUAUUUUGUCACUGUCAAGUAGUAGCUGGGAUAUACGAAAUGCACCCUUGAGGAUCGAAAGAAAUGGGUGCCUUUGAUUUAUAGCUCUCAAAGUAACCUUCGGU